AUGUUCACGUCCACCAAGCCUGAUCCUGCAAUCAACGGCCCCUUCACCAACGAGCAAGAUCUCAUCGACGGCAUGAUCAACAAAUAUGAGCGCGACGGGAUAAAGGUAUAUGUCGGCGCAGAGCGAAUCCAGUAUCAGGUCGCCUAUUCCCGUCAAGUUGCUCACAAAGUAUUUAUCGGACCAGGCCAGCCAAUGUUCACGCACUGCGACAUUCAACGCAAGAACAUUAUGGUACAAUCAGACGGCAAGAUUGCUCUUAUUGACUGGAACACAUCUGGAUGGCAUCCCCAGUACUUGGAAUAUGCCGUCGUCAUAUGUUCCUGUGGCUCAUCGAAGAUGACUGGCCUGCAUGCGUUGCCGUCUCUGUGGACGAACACCCUAACCACCAGGCCUGGAUGA